UGACUUUGGAUUUGUAUCUUGUUUUAUUCGCAAGUUCGGCAACGACUUGGGUUCAACGCUUGAAGCGAGCCUGUGGGUAUACAGAUAUCAUUCUUGCACUUAUACAGGCGAAAACUACACGGAAACGAUCUAGAAUCUCCUAACUAAGCUAACUAGGACACAUCUUGUAUAUGACGUCGUCACGAGAUACUGACGCGGAAACAGAUGUCACGGUAACUUACUCCAUAAUGCACCGCAUGCAAACGCCGCCCUAUGAGCCUCGUACUUCUAGUACUAUACCGGAUCCUGCUGGUAGUUCUGCAAGACCGAAUCCUGUCAUGAACCUAGCUCCGAAAUUAAUUUAUGGGACAGCAUGGAAGGGAGAUAACACAGCUCGCCUUGUGAUAAGCGCCUUUCUCCAAGGUUUCCGAGCUGUAGACACAGCAUGUCAGCCAAAACACUACAGAGAAGAUCUUGUGGGGGAGGCCUUGGAGAUUCUCCAAGACAAGCAUAGUAUAAAGCGAGAGGAUGUCUACAUUCAAACAAAAUUCACCCCCUUUCCUGGUCAAGACCCAACCAAGCCCCUCCCAUAUAACCCCCGAGACAGUAUCCCUGCCCAGAUCAAAAGUUCCCUUUCCAAAUCACUGGCUAGCUUGCAUACGUCAUAUCUCGAUGCUUACCUUCUCCACUCCCCUCUCCGAACUUUGCCCUUAACGGUAGAAGCCUGGCGUACGCUUAUGGCUGCACAGGAUGAGGGAACUGUGCGCGCCAUUGGGAUUAGCAACGUGUACGAUGUUGGGGUACUGAAAGCGCUGGAAAAAGAAAGAAAAGUGCAGAUAGUACAAAACAGGUGGUAUGAAGGUAAUGCCUGGGACAAAGAGGUCUGGGCGUAUUGUAAGGAGAAUGGAAUUAUCUACCAGUCGUUUUGGACACUGACGGGUUCCCCGGCGUUGCUAACACACUCGCACACCACCUCUCUUGCAGAUAGACUAGACGUCACAGCUGCGCAGGUGCUCUUCAAGCUUGCCCAACUAAACAACGUCGUCCCUCUCAGUGGAACCACAAGUGAACUGCACAUGCAGCAAGAUCUCGCUGCAGAGCGCAUAGUAUUCGAGAAGGAGAUGCUCGACGAUUAUAAAAGAAUUACAGAUCUGAUAUGGAAAUGAGGAAGACGUCCAGUGCAUGCUGUGCACACUUACUUUAUUUUGAAGAUAAGAGCAAGAGAAUAGUAGCAAUAGUUAUGAAGUUCUUCCAGAAUCCGCGACAUUGGUUGUUACAGUAAUUUCAUGCUCGUUGGGUGGUGAA